CGCGUCACGCUCGUCUCGUUGCGCUGUCCCGGGUGUUCGCGUUCGCGGUUCGUCUUCUCACGAAAACCGUCGCGUUGUCGUUCGUCGUCGCCGUCGUCAUCAUCCGCGCGCCGUGAUAAAUCGCCGUGAUAAAUCGCGCGCGCGAAUUGGGGCGAUGGAACACGCGCCGCAGCUAAGCAGGAACGUCACGGAUCCGCGCACGCGUGCAUGCGCGGCCGCCGUCGCGAAUGCCAACAACUCGCGCGAGAACUCUUGACACUCGCGUAAAAUGGGAGUUUCUUCGCGGUGCUUGUGAUUUAUAUAUAUAUAAAAAAAAAAAAUAAAGGCGCGCCGUGAUCCAUCUCCCAUAAUACAUAUCCUCCUCCCGCAUCCUUUUCUCCCAAAAGAAAAAUCUGUUCGCUGUCCGUUUCGUUUGUCGUGACUUUUUCUACAACGCGUUUCUCGUCCAGAACGUUCUCCCUUUUCUCUGUGUUUCUUUCUCCACUUGGCAUCAUAUCUCUGUUUUAUCACGCGUCUCACGUCCUCCCAGCAGCCCCAAGCGCGGUGCCCCGAAACUUCGGAAUACGCGCGUUCACCGGCGGCGCGCGAGCGGCUCAUCGACGCGCGGUACAUUCGAAGCGCUGCGACAAUGGACGAGUCCGGGAUUGACAUGGGCUUCGAUCUGACGGCAGCAUUCGCCGUCGCAGACCCGAUUGCCCACCAUGUCUCCGUCGCGGAUUACGACGACGAGUUUGAGCAGGCCCUCUCCCUUCUGUCGACCUCGACCAAGGAGCUGAUGUACUACGAGCUGAAGAGCCGCGCGCCUGACACCGGCAGUCCGCCGACGUUCAAAACAGCGACGCCGACGUCGCGCACGCAAUUGAAGCUGCAGCUGAUGCGGGAGCAGUUGCAGGAACAAGAGAGGCGACAGGCGGAAUUCCGGCAGAGCUUGCAGCAGCAAAGGCCAGCUGCCGCACCACCCAGACCAGUGCCACCUACGCCAUUGCCCACUAUCGGUGUGGAUGUUCCACCGCAAGUAUUACAAGUGCGCACGCUGUUAGAGAAUCCGACUCGCUAUCACGUCGUGCAAAAGCAGAAGAACCAGGUGCGCCAAUACCUACACGAGUCGUUUCGUGGCGGUGAGGGCGGCGGCGGCGGCGGCAGUGCUGGCAAUGCGGUCGUCAGCGGCAGCGCCGGUAGCGAGGGCGGCGGCAGGACACCGGUCGACGCCGGGCCGCCACCCGUCCCAAUGGUGGUGCAAAGUGCACCGCCCGGCCCGCAGCUGCAUCACCCGAAGCCGCAGCAUCCUCAUCUCGCCUCGUAUCCGCACGCCCCCGCGCUGCUGCCGCAUCACCCUGGUAACCCGACGGUGGUCUCGGCAAGCCCGGACCCUACCACCACUGGCACCAUGUCCCCAGGUCUGUCCAGCGUCGCCACCAGCAACUCCGAGGCUGAGGACCUCUUGGACGACAUUCUGUCGUUUGAGGCUGGUUCCUUGGGUGACGGACUGAAAGACGGCCAAGCCGGAAGUCUCACAAAUAUACCGGAGCUUCAAAUUAAACCAGAACCUCUUUUGCUCACCGAGGCAGAGAUUCAUGCUCUCGCGAAAGAUCGGCAGAAAAAGGAUAACCACAAUAUGAUUGAACGACGGCGGCGUUUCAACAUCAACGACAGGAUCAAGGAGCUCGGCACCCUCCUGCCCAAGACCAAUGACCCAUAUUAUGAGAUUGUUAGGGACGUUAGACCAAACAAGGGUACAAUUCUCAAGUCGUCGGUGGAGUAUAUAAAACUGUUGAAAAACGAGCUCACGAGGAUGAAGCAAAACGAGCUCAGGCAUAAACAAUUGGAGCAUCAGAAUCGCAGAUUACUUCUACGUGUGCAGGAACUCGAGCUGCAAGCGAAAGCACACGGUCUUCCGGUUACUGACUUUAACUGGGCGUCUACUUCCGCCAUGCUUAACACCUUUCCGAGGAGUAAACUCGAGCAACGAAAGAUGCCGGAUCUGACGGUGACGGAGGAAGCGACGAGUCUGAGCAUGUCGCAUCUCGAGGACCUCAUGGAGGACGACACCAGCGGCCCAGUGCAUAGUGGCGACCCGAUGCUGUCGUCGCCGCACCUGCCGCCGUUGAGCCCACCUGCGACCGGCUGUCACCACGGCUUAACCGACGAAGACACCCUCGGCAGCCUGGCGGUGACCACGUCGAACUCCUCGUCCGACAUGGAUAUCGUCGCGUAGUUGAAAACCACCGUUGUCCAUCAGCCUCGCGGGCGAUCGAAGUCGACUCUCGAAACUUGGUCGCGUUGGAUAUUUUCCGAUCAUUCGCUCGACCGAGGUGAUCGAUUUAUAUUUGUAGAGAAAAAGAAAAAAGAGAGGAAUGGUAUAGGACGUGAUGUGCGAAACGGAAAGAGAAAGAAAUGGCACAGAAUGUGAUGUACGAAAUGCGACUUAAAGGCAGCAGGCUGUUGCGAAGUCGUAGAUUCUCAUCAUGGAGGGAUGAAAAGAGAAUUCACUCGCGGCAUCAAUUGGAUUUUAUUGGAGUCACCGCACUCUGAUGCAGAUUUAUCUAAAACUAGUCAUCGACUUACGGUCGGGAAGGAGGAUUGGCAAAGGAAAUGAAGAAAAAUAAGCGUGAGCCGGAUGUUGCUUGCCGUGAAGAGGAUUAAAGGAGAUCGUUCCGAAUGUUGCGAAUCAAUCCAUUAGGCAAUUUUUGAGAAAGAAAUAUUGAUGAUCCUUUUAAAUUCCGACGACUUGGUCCAAUACGAAUAAAGAUAAUUAUAUAGACGAACCUAGAAGACUGGAAACCACGGUUAAAAUGUUCCCAUGGGGAUGUCACAAUAGUCGGCACACCAUUGAUUGCGAAUAUAUACUCAUCGGAUCUUAAAAACCUGCCAAUUAUCACAACAUUUGGUCCCCAUAAAUCACCAAGCACAUAUCUAGUGAUUACUUUUGCAAUAUUACCUCCCCUUCUUCCCUUUCCUCGGUCAUCUAAUGUUAAUGACCGGUUUGGAUAUCUCUUAUUAACUAUGGGUAGCGCUUUCGGAGAUCAAUUUGGAUUUCAAGCUGGGAAACCACCGAGAAGGUGGCAGAAAAAAUUGCUGCGGCGAGAAUGUGUCAAGUUCGCGUUUCGCAUCCUUGGGAGAUCAGACGAACGUUUCUCGGGUUGACGACAAGAACUCAAGAGGCGAGACAUCGGGCGUUUUCGGUCGGUCGGGCCGGCCGACUUCGGGGUCUCUUCAAGUGGCGGUGAAAGUCGUCAUUGUCGGACGACGAUGAAGAGUAGUUCAGGGUCGUUCCAAUUGCGAGGAACGGAGGGCUCCCUGUCACGAUUCUACGAACGGCUGGCCGUUACACGGAUGGAAUGCGUGACGUCUUAGCAUUAUAUAUUAUGUCAGUGCCACGAAGGACGUGCUCCUGCUGCGCUUCAAGACGAGCCUAAACGUUCGCGCGAGUUGCUGUCGUCCCAUCAGCGAUGUCACGUUAUAUCGCUCGGACGAUGACUUCGGGAUCAUUGACGAAGGACGAGAACGACUUAUUCGUAAAAGUGUUAACUGUAAUAGUAGUUCACUAUAUGAUAUUACUUAAUCGUCGAGAAAUUAUUUUCAUAAGUUGCGAGCGUGUUCACGAAACGUGCCGAGAAGAUAGAAUUCCGAUAUGGAAUAUUUUUAAUAAAAGAGUUUCCGAGAUUUUCUCCCGAUAUCUUCGACAGACGAAAUCGGUGAAAUGUACAAUUGCACGGUAUAAUGUUGCUUUUGGUAAAGUUAUAUAAAGUUAUGAAAUACGAA